AUGGCUGACAACGCUCCUGCCCUCCGUCUGGGCUCCAUUGCCCCCAACUUCAAAGCUCUUACUACCCAGGGCGAGAUUGACUUCCACGAGUUCAUCGGUGAUAGCUGGACCAUUCUCUUCUCACACCCGGCCGAUUUCACACCGGUAUGCACCACCGAGUUGGGUGCAUUCGCCCGCCUGCAGGGUGAAUUCGAUCAGCGCGGAAGUGCCAAUGACCUCAGCUCCCACGACGAUUGGAUUAAGGACAUCAAUGAAGUCAACUCCACUCAGGUCAAGUUCCCAAUCAUUGCCGAUGCCGACCGCAAAGUCGCUUUCCUGUACCAGAUGAUCGACCAACUCGAUUUGGAAAAUGUCGACAGCAAGGGAAUCGCCUUCACCAUCCGCUCCGUCUUCAUCAUCGACCCUAACAAGAAGAUCCGCCUUAUCAUGGCCUACCCUGCUUCCACCGGCCGUAACACCGCUGAAGUUUUGCGUGUGAUCGACUCUUUGCAGACUGGUGAUAAGAAGGGUGUAACCACACCCGUUAACUGGCUGCCUAAUGACGAUGUUAUUAUCCCUCCUACCGUCAGCACCGAGGAUGCCAAGAAGAAGUUCGGCGAGAUUCGUGAAGUGAAGCCUUACCUUCGGUUCACUACUCUCAAGGAGUAA